AUAUUGUAGUGUGUCCGUGAGUUUCAAUCAUUUAUAGGUAUAUUUUCAAUUAUUUAAUUCAACUGAAAUCUACUUCAGCAUAAUAUCAUUUAUUUACUUUCGAAAUUAAAUGAACGUCAGUCAAUGAAAAAAUAAAAAUAUUUUUCAUUCUGUUGAAGUUUAAAUGUAGUAUUAUUCUAUUUACUCAAGAUUCUAAAUUAUCUCAAAUUAUGGAUUUUUUCUUAAAAAAACCAAGCAAUGUUUUAAAACGUCUUGGUUCUAGCAGUUCUAAGCAAGAGUUGGAUGGAAAUCAAUUUAAAUCCAAAUCAUCUAUUUUGAAUUUGAUUGAUAGUGAUGAAGAAAAUAUUAAAAGCAACAUAACAACAACUAGUACUAUUCUAAGUAGUAAGUCAACAACAAAUAUUCAGAAAAAUGAAAUAGAUGAUAGUUGUUAUAUUGUUGAUGAUGACAAUGAUAGUAACAGUAUUAUUUUUAGUCCAGAUAAGAAAAAAAUAUCCAAUCAAUGCAAUGCAAGUAUAAUAUAUAAAACAUCUAAAGAUAUUGAUGGAUCCACUAGUUCACUAUUAUUUACAGAACCACAGUUAAUAACACCAGAAAAGUUAAAAAAUAAAUCACCAAAUUCUUUAGUAUCAACACCCAAUUCAAAAGAUGUAAUUAGUGUAUCAGAAAAUCAAUCAACAGAAUUAGGUACUUGGCUUAAUGAUCUCAAUAGUUGUUCUAUUUUGGGUGAAACAAUUUCUGAUAUAUUGAUUACAAAUUUAGAAAAACAUUUGAUGAAUUUGAAAAAAUUAGAAUUGGAUAUAUUAGAACAAGUAUAUAAAACAGUGAUGGACUUACCAGAUAAUAUUGUGGUUUCCAUUCCCAGUCUAAAAAGUCCAUCAGUUUUGACUGAGCUAAAAAGAAUUCGACAAAAAAUUAAGAAUAAAAUAAAAAUUGGUAAAACACGCUUAAUGAAUGAAAAUUCAAAACCAUCUACUUCAAGUAGUAGUUAUGAUUUUUAUAAUUCUGAAAAUAAAUCAAGAACAACAGUUUUUACAAAUGAAUUUGAUGGAUCAAGUAAUAAUCAAUUUGGAAACAGAUCAUUAAAUUCUACUCAAAAUGAAUCAACUUAUGAUAAUCAUGCAGUUAAUGGUAGUAACACUAAUUUAUGGAUUAAUAACCUUUCCGAUAGAAUUAAUUCAUCCUCAUAUUUGAAACCUAGAGAACGUCUAAGCAUAAAUGAAUUGAAUUCUAUUGUCAAUAAUGAUAAUUUUGAUAUGCACACAAAUAUAGUAACAAAAAAAAUUCCAUCCAAUAUUAAUGAAUAUGAAGUUUACAAUAUUCCUUCUGGAAAUAUUUCACAACAAACUAAUGAAUGUAGUAAAAAUAAGUUUACUAAAGUAACUGUUUCAGUAGAAGAAUUCAAAAAAAAUAAUUACCCUCAUUCAAGUGAACUGUUCAAGGUAUUUAGAUCAACUUUUGGACUCCGUGAUUUUCGUCCAAAUCAAUUAGAAGCUAUUAAUGCAGCCAUUCUAGGUCACGAUUGUUUUGUAUUGAUGCCUACAGGGGGUGGAAAAUCAUUAUGCUACCAAUUACCUGCAGUUUUAUCAAAUGGAGUUACAUUAGUGAUUUCACCUUUAAAAUCACUAGUCAUAGAUCAGACCGAAAAAUUAAAAUCCUUAGACAUUCCAACUGCUCAUUUGUUGGGUAAUAUGCCUCAUCAAGAAGAAAAUAUAAUCUUUACAAAAUUGUGUAUGGCUGAACCAGGAUUGAAAAUGUUAUAUGUGACACCGGAAAAAAUUGCUGCAAGUAUGAAAUUAGGACAAAUUUUAGACAAUUUGUACGGCCGAGGGAAACUAGCUCGUCUUGUUAUUGAUGAAGCCCAUUGUGUUUCUCAUUGGGGUCAUGAUUUUAGACCGGAUUAUAAACGUUUAGGCGAAUUUAGAAAAAAGUAUCCUAAUGUUCCAAUUAUGGCUUUAACUGCUACUGCAACACCACGUGUCCGUCAAGAUAUUCUACACCAGUUACAAAUUAGUGGAACUAAAUUAUUUUUAUCAAGUUUUAACAGACCAAAUCUGCUUUAUAAAGUUGUUCCAAAGAAAGGAAAAUCUGUUUUAGCUGAAAUAGCCAAUGAUAUUAAAAGAAAAUAUGAACAUCAGUCGGGCAUAAUUUAUUGUCUGUCAAGAAAGGAAUGUGAUGAUACUGCAGCUUUUAUGUGUGAGCAAGGAAUUAAAGCUACUAGCUAUCAUGCUGGUCUUGUAGAUACAAAACGUAAUGAUGUUCAGAUGAAAUGGAUCACCAAUAAGACUAAUGUUGUAUGUGCUACAAUAGCAUUUGGCAUGGGGAUAGAUAAACCGGAUGUCCGUUUUGUUUUUCAUUAUUCAUUACCUAAAUCAAUUGAAGGUUAUUAUCAAGAAUCAGGUAGAGCUGGACGUGAUGGGAAAACUUCUCAUUGCUUGCUAUAUUAUAAUUAUCAAGAUAUGCAUCGUAUUCGAAAACUAAUUGAAUUGGACACAAGUGGUACUGCUGAAUCAAAAAAAGUCCAUGUGCAAAAUUUAUUUAGAAUUGUAUCUUAUUGUGAAAAUAAAGCUGAUUGCAGACGGACAUUACAACUUAAUUAUUUUGGUGAAACAUUUAAUGAUAAUCAGUGCAUUUCAAAUAAAGAAACAGCAUGUGAUAAUUGUCAAAAUAAAGCAUCAUUUAAAUAUAUUGAUGUUACAGAAGAUAGUAUUGAAAUAGUUAAAACAAUCAAAGAAUUAUGUAACUCUUCUAGCAAUUGGAAUAAUAAUUUUACUUUAAUUCAUUUAAUUGAUAUAUUUAAAGGGAGCACAAAUCAAAAAAUCAAAACUAAUAAUCAUGAUAAAUUGAGUUUACAUGGACGUGGAAAACAUUGGGACCGAUUAGAUGCAGAACGUUUAAUGCACAAAUUAGUUUUAGAAGGUUAUAUAAAAGAAGAAAUGGUUGCUUCUAAAUUGGAUAUUAUUAAUGCUUUUGUCAGAGUUGGUUCACAAGGAGAAAAACUUCUUCAGGGAUCAAUCAAAUUAAAAUUAGCAUUAACUUCUAAAAAUAAAUUAAAUAUUGAGACUAUUAGUAAAAAUCAUUUUACUAUGGUAAAUCCAGUUCUUAAAGAAAUCCAAGAAAGAUGCUAUGAAAAUUUGAUGGAAGUCUGUCGUGGAAUAGCUGCUUCAUUAAACAUUACCACUAAUGCUGUUAUGACUAUUCAAGCUAUUCAAGAAAUGUCUCAAUCUUUACCAGAGACUGAAGAAGAAAUGCUAAAAAUUGUUGGUGUAACAAAAGCAAAUUAUGAAAAAUAUGGCCGUCAAUUAUUAAAAGUUACACAAGAAGCUGCAGCAGAUAAAUUUGUUGCAGAAUGUGAAGAAAAUGAACAAGAUAAUUUAGAAGAAGAUGAUUGGCUUAAGUUAAGUUCAGAUUGUCCAUAUUUUGAUAGUAUAUCCACUGGUAUAGGGAAUAACAAAAAUAAUAAGAGAAAAACAUAUUAUUCAAAUAAAGGUGGAAAUAAAAGAUUUAAAAAAUCAAAAAACAAAAAUUCUAAAAAAAAAGCAACCACACAAUCGUAUAAGGCUUCAAAAUCUUCCAAAAUUCAAACCUCAACAUUGAAAUCUAAUGUGAAAAUUCCACCAUCUAAUAGACCAGGAUUUUUAUCAGCUCCAAAAGUUUCACGCUUUUAAAAUAAACAUUUUGAUAAAAUAUUAAUUAUAUUUCAAAAUGAUCAGGAUCUGUGGUAUAGUAUUUUGGAUUUUCUUUUAUGGAUAGUUAUUACUCCUCUACAAUUACAAGUUAAUUACAUAACAGUAAAGUUUAUAAUAAGAUUUUAUUGAAAGUAAAAGUGUCAUAUUUUA